AUGGCCCGGUUCUUCCUGUGCUUGGCGGCGGCCGCGUGCUGCUGCCUCCUUGCGUUGCUGGUUCCUCCAGUGCAUGGGCGCCCUGGCACUGGUCUCGCCAGCGGUGGAUCAUUUGGCGGUAGGGAUCAUCCGCUCUCCGGACCACAUGUCGUGACGGCGGAGGAGCUGCGCGGCACGACGGUGAAGGCCAAGCCGUCGUGGUCAUCGUCGUCUUGGACUGCAGCGGCGGCGGUGGGGGGCAGGGUGAGGCCGGAGCUGCGGUCGGUGCCGGGGGGCCCGGACCCGCUGCACCACCACGGCAGCCCGUGGCGGCCGGAGCUGGAGCAGCCGAUCACACCUUGA